AUGUCUGAGUAAAGUUCAGAUUAUAGUGAUGAAUCUCCUUAACAAAUUUAAUAGCAUAGAUAAAGAAAACAUAUCUCUGAGAUUGACAUCCUUAUUGCUACCUUAUAGAUAGAACCUAAAUAAAGGACUUGGCAUUAAUUGAAGUUUCUUUGUGAUUCUCUAGAAUAAAAUGUUCAUUAUUUUUCUUAAUUACGUAAUAAGCUUACAACUUCAAUUCUUAUAAAAUUGAUGGCUACUAUUUCUUUAGAAGAAUUUACAACAUUUAAUGUUAUAUUUAAUUAAGGGGAGACUGGAAGAAAAAUGUAUAUAAUAUUAAAAGGGGAAGUGGUAGUGUUGAUAAAGACAGAUGAUUAAAAUGAGAUAGUAUAAAAAGAAGAUAAUAAAAGAAGAAGUAAAAAAAAGUCAUAAUAAUUUUAGGAGCGACAAAGACAUUUGAUGAAUUGGUAUUACAUAGAUUUUCGAAUUACAGAAUAGUAGCAUAUAAAAGAUAAUAUGACUAUUUUGGAGAAAUAGCAAUAGAACAACGUAUUCCUAGAACGGCUACAGUUGUAGCAAAAGAACCUUGUAUUUUAGCAAUUAUAACUUUUGAUGCUUAUUAAUCAUUACUUAGUGAAUUGUAGGCUGAUAAUUUAUAAUUAAGAUAAGUUGUGAUAGCAAGGAUGUAUCCAUUUAGUUAAUUGAAUGAAUAACAAUUUUAAUAGAUAUUACAUAAUUAUGAGGAAUUGAAUAUAUAAGGAGGUUGUUUGUUGCAUAAAGAACAUUAGAAUGCAGAUGCUAUUUAUUUGAUAAUUAAGGGGGAGGUUUUAGUUUAAAUAAAAGAGUUUGUAAAUAAUGCAGCAGCUUAGAUUUAGGAAUAGAAAUAUUUUGUAAAUUUCUAAAAACAAUAAAGAAUCAAAAAUAUUGGGUUGUUUGGAGUAGGAUAAAUAGUUGGAGAUUAUGAGUUAUAUUUGAAUAAGAAAUAUAAAUAAAAAUUAAUAAGAAGAACGACAGCUAUAGUUAAGAGUGAUUCUAAAAUUAUUAGGAUUCCUAUAAAAUAAUUUGUAGAUGUAAUAGAACAUGGAUUAUCAGCUAAAUGGCUUUUACGUUAUUUAAAUUAAAAGUAUGAAUAGAAAGAACAAUUACCUAUUUUAUAAUUAAAGGAUGAACAGGAAAAUAAGAAGGUUUAGUCAUUCAUAUCUCCAUAAUUUAAAAAGAUGAUUGUUAGAUUGAAGAAAUAUCAUGAUCAUAACAAAAUCUCAAGUGAUCGAUAUCAUUAAAUUAAUUACAAAUAAAAUUUAGAGGAAGCAAAUACUGAUGAAUAACCAACAGGAUUAAAAAAAGAAAUUAAUUAUUAAGAUAAAUCAGUCUUGAAAUAUUUAACAAAAGAUUAGAUCUAACAUAAACGCAAGAAUAAUACAUUAACCAAUUUUAGUAUUGAAAAGUUUGCUUCAACUUUAAAAUCAAGAAUUAAAAUUACUAAACUUUUAACUCAAUUAGAUGAUGAAUCAACUUGUUAUAGAUUUCAUUCUACACCAACUAAAACUAAUGGAUAUUCAUUUAAAUAUGCUUAAACUCUUACUAAUAUUCAAUCUCCAUAAUAAAAGUUCAACUAAACAUUCAAAUUAAAUUGA